AGCGUCAGCUGCUGCUGUCUGUAGUGCUUGUGUGUCGUCUACAAGGCAGCUGCAUCCAGCAGCCUUGGCUUUUUAUAGGGCCGGCUUUUGGGGGGGGGGAAGGGGAGGUGGAAGCUUGCCAGUGAUAUAUGAUGCCUGGCUUCUGUCGCCGUGGCUAAUUAAUCUAUAAAAAGGGAAGACUACAAGGAUUAGUGCAGGUGGCUACGGGAAUGAAAACACGCCGGCAUCAUCCGGAGCUCGUCACCCAACUGCUCGAUUUGAAUCUUCUGGAUCCACCAUUCCCUCGAAUCCUGAAUCCUCCUUCUCUUUCCUUCCGUUAACAAAAGAGAAAAUCUGCAGGUUGCAGCUUCGAUCAAGCAACCCCCCCUUGAAAAUUUCCUAUAACCGUAAACCGCCGGUGGCAUCCUUUUCUACCCCACCGGGCAGGUGUCCGUACUCUGGAUGUGAGCCGUGAAUUAAUAUCGUGGUUGUAACACCUAACGGAUUUGGAAAUUAAGGCUCCACCAAAUACGACAUGUGGCUUGGCCGGUCGGCAAAAACUGCUUCGAAAAUUUGCAUUGCAUGCAAGACAAAAGGUUAUCCUACUACGUAGAAGUCCUAUUUCGUAUUCCCCCUCGUCGGAUGUUCGUAAAUGGACUCUAGCUACUCUUGCAGGGCCAAGGAAUAUUCACGGACGGUUGCAAACCCCAUGGGCCUCGCGCUUCCGAAGACGUAGAUCUUCCAAAAUUUUGGCAAAUUUUUUUUGGUCCGGCUCGAAAAGUUUUCAGCCAUUUGUUGGUGGAAGAUCGGCGAAGCGAAGAUGGAACGCCAACGGGCCGAGAUGCUGAUCAAGAUCGCCCGAGUGCGCCUCCAGUGUGGAAGGACGGAAGAUGCGCUGAAUUACCUCUACCAGGCCCAGGUCCUCUACCCGACUCGUACGGCGGCCGGGCUCAUACAAGCCAUACGAGGUGGUUGGUUUGAAGCAGAGCGGGCCUUCUCUGAGCCGCCCCACAGCCAUUAUGGCGGCUCCUGGCAAAACGCCAACCAUUGCGAGGGUUGCGGCAGUUGUGGCAGCCCCACGUUCCACCAGCAUGAUGAAGAAGAAGAAGAUGACGAUGAGGAGGAAGAUGAUGAUGAUGAGGAGGAGGAGGACGAUGAAGAGCAGGAAGAAAGGGUUACCCAUGGGUUUGCCGAAACCGACAACUACUACAGUGUGCUCGGAGUUAGAAAAGAUGUCAGCGAAGAUGUGCUGAGGAAGUCCUAUCGGAAGUUGGCGUUACGGUACCACCCCGACAAAAACAGCUCUCCAGGAGCCACAGAGGCCUUCAAGGUAAUUGGGAAAGCAUUUGCCGUUCUCAGUGAUCCAGCUAAAAGGAAAGUUUAUGAUGAGUCACAAAUCCGGACACAAGCAUCCUCAGAAGCAGGAAUGUCAACCAAUGAUGUCUUUGAUAUGUUCUUCAGGGGUCACUAUUCAGCCCGAUCGGCCUACGACUUUAAUGGUCAUCCAAGAGAGCAAAGGCCCCAUGCAAGCAGAGAGGAAGAUGGAAGGUGGCAGAGGUGGGCAGCUGGAGAGGAAAGGCAAGACAUGCCAAGAUGGAAAAGGGAGGAGAUGAGGCAAAACACUGAACAGGAAUGGAAAUGGAGAGAAGAGGUGUAUAACGAAGGGAGAAGACAAUGGCAGUGGGAAAGAGAUCAGAAACAAGAUGGCGGACAGCCAAAGUGGCAGAAGGAAGCCAAGCGAGAACCAGGAAGACCAAAAACUCAGCAAGAAAGGAGACAAGAGGCUGCUGCAAAGACCAGCCCAAAGUGGUGGGAAAAGAAAGGCCAAGACAACCGAAAAUCAAGGUGGCGUGAAGAAAUGGAGAAACAAAAUCCCAGACGUCCAAGGAGACCGGAGGAAGAAGAAGAAAACGGUCGGCCCAAAAACGCAUACUCUGCUUUUAUCCAGGUCCUCCCAGUGCUUGUUCUCGUGGUGGUCUCUAUAGUGGCUCAGUUAACAGCCACCAACUCACCAUACAGUCUCCAUCCUAAACCUUCUUCUGGCUUGACAGUCCCCAGGGAGACCAGCAGCCGCGGAGUCCCGUACUACGUGGGACAAAAUUUUCACACGCGUUAUCGAGGUCCCGCUUUAGCAGAGCUGGAGAGGGCUGUGGAGAAGGAGUACGCAGAACAAGUCCAGGCCGGAUGUUGGAGAGAGAAACAACAGAGAUCCGAUCUUGCCAAUCUGGCUCGGCUCUAUAGGGAUGAGAGACUAAGAGAAAAGGCGGACACUUUCAAGAUGGAGAACUGUCGGAAGUUGUCGGACCUCAUAGGUAUACGCAGAGGUGGCUGAGGUGGCGCCGUGAAAUUCAUAUGAGUCCAUCUAUGUCAUCUUCAUGAGAUCUUAGAAUGAUGACUAGUUACAACAUUUAGAAAUAACUGUACUUAACCUUUCUACUACUCGUUAAUAUUACCGCUAAUGACUUUUUGCAAACACUGGAGCCUCUAACCUAAUAGGAUAUCUACAAAUUGCCUGUCUAAGGGCCCAUACUCGCAGGCUUUUGUUACUAGCCCUAGAAUGUAUGACUAUACCUGAGCAACAAUGUCCAUGAUGAGGUGUUUAUUAGGAACACUACAGUCAAACACAGAAUGAAUGGACACGCAAUGUAUCCCCUACAGUGACAGUCUCCUGAACCUAUAGUAAUUUAACCAGUCUCCAACCACCAGAAUCCCAAAUCCAUCCAUCUUCAAAGUUUGAAGGAAAUCUGGCAUGACCUAAAAUGUUUUAAAUGUAUUAAAACUACUAAAGUGCAUUACCUUGUGGUGCCUCCAAAUGUCUGUGUAAAUCUGGAAGCUGACCCUUGUGUUCCUGUAGCGGCCACUUGGAUCCUAGGCUCAGGCUGAACACAGAACCUAAUUUGGAAACUGUCCCUUGUGUUCCUGUAGAGUCCACUUG